CUCCCUUUUGGGUUGUGCAACCCUCAGGGGACCAACCCCCAAAGCCCUAGGGAGACAGGAAGGCGUGCUCUCAGAACGAGAGUCCGCAUUGGCUUCACCCGUAGAGAAAGGGUGGGAUGGUGUAGUCGCUCUUCUUGUUCAUUGGUCCGGUGAUUCCAUGGGGUGGGAUUUGGCUGGGCCUAAACUAUCCGCGGUCCCGGACCGGUUUCAGGGCGAAGCUGCCAUGCCUUCCGGGGGCCGCGGGCGGCCCCGGCUACGGCUGGGGGAACGUGGCCUCUUGGAGCCACCCUCACCGCCCAAGCGCCGCCUGCUACCGCGGGCGCACUUCUUGCCUCUGCUUCUGCUGUCCCUGGCCGUGGCCUCGGCGUUCUACACCAUCUGGAGCGGCUGGCACCGCCAGACUGAGGAGCUGCCUCGGGGCCGGGAGCUGCGGGGCCGGUUGAUCGGAAGCCUCCCUGAAGCCCGGCUGCGGAGGGUGGUGGGGCAACUGGACCCACACCGUCUCUGGAACACUUACCUGCGCCCCCUGCUGGUUGUGCGGACCCCGGGCAGCGCCGGCAAUCUCCAAGUCAGAAAGUUCCUGGAGACUACCCUACGGACCCUGACGGCAGGCUGGCAUGUGGAACUGGACCCCUUCACGGCCUCGACACCCCUGGGGCCACUGGACUUUGGCAACGUGGUGGCCACGCUGGACCCAGGGGCUGCCCGUCACCUCACCCUUGCCUGCCAUUACGACUCCAAGCUCUUCCCAUCUGGGUCGGCUCCCUUUGUGGGGGCCACGGAUUCGGCCGUGCCUUGCGCCCUGCUGCUGGAGCUGGCCCAGGCCCUGGACAGGGAGUUGAGUAGAGCCAAGGAGCAGGAAGCCCCGGUGACUCUGCAGCUGCUCUUUUUGGAUGGCGAGGAGGCACUGAAGGAGUGGGGACCCAAGGACUCCCUUUAUGGCUCCCGGCACCUGGCCCAGCUCAUGGAGUCUGCACCCCACAGCCCAGGCCCCACCAGGAUCCAGGCUAUCGAGCUCUUCGUGCUUCUUGAUCUCCUGGGCGCCCCCAAUCCAAACUUCUACAGUCACUUUCCUCACACGGCCCGCUGGUUCCAUCGGCUGAGGAGCAUAGAGAAGCGUCUGCACCGCUUGAACCUGCUGCAGUCUCAUCCCCAGGAGGUGAUGUACUUCCAGCCCGGGGAGCCCCCUGGCUCUGUGGAAGAUGACCACAUCCCCUUCCUCCGCAGAGGGGUCCCAGUACUCCACCUCAUCUCCAUGCCCUUCCCCUCUGUCUGGCACACGCCUGGCGACUCGGAGGCCAACCUGCACCCCCCCACGGUGCACAACCUGAGCCGCAUCCUCGCCGUGUUCCUGGCUGAGUAUCUGGGGCUCUAGCCCCCCCUUGGCAGACUCUGAAGGAGAAGUGUCCAGCUGGGACGUCCCAAGGGCACCCAGAGCCAACAGAGCUCAAGCCAGGCUGCCUGAUCCUUUCUUCCGCUCUAUUUAUGCCAUGAUCGGAAGACCCUCUUUCCUUUGAUGGUCUCAAGCUGUCACUCUUCAAAGACACGGAAGAGACAAGGCCACUGUGGGCGCGAGAGCCAAAGGCUUGAGAGCUCAGACCCUGUCCUGAAGCACUUGGUUUGAAGGUUCACAGGCACCAAAUGCUGUUUGGUUGGAGUCAGCAGACCUUGGCCAGGCAUCUGGACCAGCAGCACCGCCCCACCAAAUGAAUCCUCCGUGGCUUAUGUUCUUACGAUGUCAGUGGAUUGCCAUGGGGGGUCCACAGGGGACGUGCUUGUAAACAGGAACAGAGGAGACGGAAGCCGAUAUUUGGGGACUCGAAUCUGCCAGACCCAAGGGCAAUAAACCAGUGUUUCUGGGGAACAUAUUCUGCAGAAUUAGCAUGACUAGGUGUUGCAUGAGAAAGGGGGAUCAGAGACGCGGGAUGAGACAUUAAAGGAGUUUCUUCAUUGCACAACGUGACAUUUCCAAGAGUAAGGCAGGAUGCAGUGUUGUUUCCCCCAAACUAUUUCAGCGUGGAACCCCUUUAUUGCAAGGCUCGUGGAACUAGGGUACCUCAGAAGUCACAUUGGGAAACACUCGGUUUUGACAAGUUUGAGUGUGUCCGUGGAGGGAAUAAGACGGACCUUGAUUCACUGCC